UUGGGCCCCCGCAGGAGCAGCCACCCCAGGGCACCAGAACUGUGGGCGGUGAGGCCGGGAUGAGUGCCAGCACAGGUGGUGGCGGCGGGGACAGUGGCGACAGCAGCAGCAGCUCACAGACCUCCUGCGGGCCUGAGUCUUCAGGCUCUGAACUGGCUCCAGCCAUACCAGCACCUCGGCUGCUUCAGGGACUCCUGGGCUCUGAUGAUGAGGAACAGGAAGACCCCAAGGACUACUGCAAGGGUGGUUACUACCCGGUAAAGAUUGGUGACCUGUUCAAUGGACGGUACCACGUGGUGCGCAAACUCGGCUGGGGCCACUUCUCUACUGUCUGGCUCUGCUGGGACAUUCAGCGCAAGCGCUUUGUGGCCCUGAAAGUGGUGAAGAGUGCAGGACAUUACACAGAGACAGCUGUGGAUGAGAUCAAGCUCCUGAAAUGUGUCCGGGACAGUGACCCUACUGACCCCAAACGGGAGACCAUUGUUCAGCUGAUUGAUGACUUCAGAAUCUCAGGGGUUAACGGAGUCCAUGUGUGCAUGGUGCUGGAAGUCUUGGGCCACCAGCUCCUCAAAUGGAUCAUCAAGUCCAACUACCAGGGUCUGCCUGUGCCCUGUGUGAAGAGCAUUGUGAGGCAGGUGCUACAUGGCCUGGACUACCUCCAUACCAAGUGCAAGAUCAUCCACACGGACAUCAAGCCUGAGAACAUCCUGCUGUGUGUGGGAGACGCGUACAUCAGGCGCCUGGCAGCUGAGGCCACCGAGUGGCAGCAAUCAGGGGCCCCACCCCCAUCGCGCUCCACAGUCAGCACUGCCCCCCAGGAGGUUCUGCAGACUGGUAAGCUGUCCAAAAGCCAGAGGAAGAAGAUGAGGCGUAAACGGAAGCAGCAAAAGCGGUUGCUGGAGGAGCGGCUGCGGGACCUGCAGCGGCUGGAAGCCAUGGAGGCUGCGGCCCAGGCCGAGGACUCAGGCUCAAGACUGGAGGGGGGCAGCGGCUCCACCUCAUCUUCAGGCUGCCCCCUUGGGGGCACCAGGGCUGUCCCCUCCCCAGCCUCCUCCUCCCCUGCCCCGGGGGGCAGCCGCCGUAGCUUCAGCCCUAGCUCGCAGACCUCAGGCUUCUCGGGCUCCCUCUUCUCCAUGGCCUCAGGCUCCAUCCUCUCAGGCUUGUCUAAUCAGCGGGAGGCCGGAGGCCUUCUGUCUCCCAGCACACCAUUUGGUGCUUCCAACCUCCUGGUGAACCCCCUGGAGCCCCAAAAUGCAGACAAGAUCAAGAUCAAGAUUGCAGACCUGGGCAAUGCCUGCUGGGUGCACAAGCACUUCACGGAGGACAUUCAGACUCGGCAGUACCGGGCUGUAGAGGUGCUGAUCGGUGCAGAGUAUGGACCCCCGGCAGACAUUUGGAGCACAGCCUGCAUGGCCUUCGAGCUGGCCACUGGUGAUUACCUGUUCGAGCCUCAUUCUGGAGAAGACUACAGUCGUGAUGAGGACCACAUUGCUCACAUCGUGGAGCUUCUGGGAGACAUCCCUCCAGCCUUCGCCCUCUCAGGCCGCUAUUCCCGGGAGUUCUUCAACCGGAGGGGAGAGCUGCGGCACAUCCACAACCUCAAGCAUUGGGGCCUGUAUGAGGUGCUCAUGGAGAAGUAUGAGUGGCCCCUGGAGCAAGCCACGCAAUUCAGUGCCUUCCUGCUGCCCAUGAUGGAGUACGUCCCGGAGAAGCGGGCCAGCGCGGCCGACUGCCUCCAGCACCCCUGGCUCAAUCCCUAGGUCCUGCCACAGCUGCAGGCAGCAGGGGCCAAGGUGGCUUUGCCUCCAGCCCUCAGUGCCUUGAGGGAUAGCAGGCAACUCCCACCGCCCUGCAGGAGCUGCCCUCUCCUGCCCUGCUGGGUACGGGCCUCCUCACCCCUAUGGAAGGGCAGACAUGCUGAGGCAGGCCCGUGCUGUAGUGUGUCUGUCUGCUCACGGUCUCUCAGAGGGUCCUGAGCAGGAAAGUAUGCCUGUGCCUUUCUUAAUAA